AUAUCCUACCCAAUUUUCCAUUACGGAACUAACAUGACUCGUGUCUUUUAAACUUUUUGAUCAGUAGUAAGUGCAUCUUUGCCAACUUAUAUAUUUUGAUUAUUUAAAUUGAUUUUUGGAUAAGGUUUGUGAUGAGUGAAUGAAAUCUAACCACAGAAAGGGCUUCCAUGGUGUUAUGAUAUAGUUGGCUUUUCGUUGAACUGUUCUUUUAGCAAUCCCUAUUAUCUUGCCAUUCAUCAUUUUUGGAGUCCUUUGUUCGUUGUUAUUACUUUUUUCAAAUAUAGUGUCCUCAAAAGUUGGUUAUAAGGGGGAGUAGUAAUUUGUGUACAUUGUUUACAAAUCAGAGUGUCACUUUUGAUGGCUAUAACCAUGCAGAUAAUUUGUGAUUCAUGGUUUCUUAGAUAUUCAUUUUUAAGGAUGCUGAAAGUUUAUUGAAUAUAAAUCUUACAGUUGAGGUUCUGCCUCACUCUUGCUCAGUUUGAGGAAACUAUUCAUUAUAUUCCAAUAGAUGGUUCAGUGAGAGAACCCUAAUUAUGUUGGAUAGUUCCUCCUUAUGAGAAGAGCUAUGUUAAUAAUAUCUAUGUUAAUAACAUAAGGAAAUUACAUUCCGUGAAAGUUUUUUCUUAAUGAUGAUUUCUUUUGAAUUUUUUUAACAACCUUUUUUUUAAAAGUAGAAAUAGGUUCUGUUGUUUUCUACAUUUCUGAACACUGUCCUGUUGGAAAAGACCUGUACUCUAUCUGCAAAGAAAUUGUCAAAUAAGUCUAAGUUUUGUUUACUUGAGCUAGACAAUAGUAUGGAUCUUGAGUUUCUCUAUAUUUUGUAUUCCACUUCAUGCAUUGCACUAAAGGUAAACUGGCGCAGCUUUGAAGAGCGGCUUGCAGCACAAAGAAGAGAAAGAGAGAUGGCAACUGCAGCAGAACUUGGAUUCAAGAAGCCUUUAAGCAAGGAGGAAAAAAUAGAAAAAAAGAAACAACGUUUAGCGGCAAUUGGUGAAGAUCUGUUGGCCAUUGCAGCAGAUCAACCCUUCCGCUUUCCUGCUACUUUCACUUUUGUUGUUAGGGCAUUUUCAGUUUUGGAUGGCAUUGGGAAGGGCCUCAAUCCUCGAUUUGAUAUUACUGAGAUUGCUAAACCCUAUGCUCUAGAAUUAUUGAAAUUUCGUGAAGCUGGUAUUGAAGUUGUUGUGAAGGACUUCAGGAAGAGAUGGGAUAGACAGUCCCGUGCAUUUUAUAAUUUAUUUAGGCAGGCUGAUAGAGUUGAAAAGCUUGCUGAAGUCAUCCAGCGACUGGAGCAAGGUGAAUUGAAGCUUCGUGUUCGGACUUUGGAGUCUGAGAGAGCUUUUCAACGUGUUGCAGCUGUUCAAAAUACAGUUGGAAGUGCAGUUGCUGCUGGAAGCUUAGUUAACCUUGCAACGAUUCUAUACUUGCACUCCAUCUGGACACCUGCAAUGAUUGCGUACACCUUCUUUGCAUUUUUUGGGUUCCAAGUUUUGAUUGGUAUUUUCAAGGUUAAGAAAUUAGAUCAAAGAGAGAGGCUGAUCACUGGAACUGCUUAGGAAUAUGAUUCAGAGUCGAAAUUUACUUACAGGAAGAAGCUAUUCUCUUCCAAUUAUAUUAGAGAGAGCAAGAUCUGAAGGCAGAUACUUGAUGUUUUUCCAGAACCUUUGUCCCCCGGGGACUCUAUUCUUCGAGUAUGAAGACGCUGCUGUGCAUCUGAUUACGACAUAAGAGCUCGCAAUUCAAAGUCAGUUUUCCGUUAGAUUAGCUAAUUUAUUUUGCUCAGUAACCAUGAAACUAACAAGAAUUUUCCCCCAAGUCCGUGGAAGCUCGAGUUUUUACUGGCGAGCUGAUUGCUUAUCUGCCUGUAGUAUCAUAUGUAGAUAUAUUGUUGUAAAGUGCAGUAGUAGUAACUGGAAUUGAUUUAAGAAGUUCACCAUUAUCUUAGAUUGAGGAACCAAAAAACCAUGUAUAAUAUAUAAAAUAUGUUAAAAUUUUUGCAGUAGUGUAAAAACAUAUUUCUUGUGGAAAAUAAAUGAGAUGUCGACUUGAAUGUCCUUU